UGUAUGGUGCGUGUUUUCUACCCUGCGUGCGUGAGAGCGAUUGCCUCUAGGAAAGGUGUUUCAUGCAAAAAGUUUCUUUAGUUUAAAGCGGGGCCAAAUUCUGAAACGGGAAGUACGUUGUUAUAAGGAAGCCAUAGGAUAAGUCAAGCUGCACCAACAAAGCUCCCUAACUUGGUGCCUGAGGUGAAGAAUUUGGCCCUGCCCACAUGAAACAAGCUCGCUAGAAGCUAAAGCUAACGAAGCCUCUGGACGAUCUAGAACUGCAUCACGUCUCCUUGAACACACAUCCAAGGCAACUUGAGUGAUCUUUUCCUGGAUGUCCGCUCCUUUAUCAGCAUUGUCCAUAAUUUUUUAAAUUUUAUUUUGUGUCCAUAGUUAGCAUUACACAACAAGUAUUUGUAUACUCAACGUAGAAUCUUCACUGCUAGUUAGUUUUGUAUAUUUGCUGUGUAAAGAAUAGGACAUAUUUUUUUUACUAAAACAGAUGAAGACCAUUGCUCAUUCUACAUAUCUACCUGAAAAAAGGACUGUAUAUAAACAAAAUUGAUUUAUUUUUAAAGCGGAACUGAAAUUUAAACAAUGGACAUUGUCUCAAAUAAAAGAAAACGAAAAAUUUGAAAAAAUAAUUCAUAAAUAAGUUAUAAUUGCUUCAAGGCAGUGAAGAACUAUUUUGCUUGCUAAAUAACAAUCUAUUUCAUCUUAACCAGUAACAAAGUAAUUUGUGUCAGGUAGUUAUCGCACUGUGGAUUUUUCGUAAUACUGGAUUACAUAGCAAUAAUUUUUUUUCGAAGUAAAUUGUAAAUAAAAAAAGAAAAAAUACGAAAAUAUUUCGAAGAAGUGACACUUGUACCCUCAUUAGCAGACGAGAAUUAGCUCUACUGAGGAAAGAAUUGAGCUCUGAGUUCAGGAUGAGCUCAGACACCGUGUCUCCGCUCGUGAGUUUUGUACGUCCGUUAAGAAGUGUUGUGUUUAAACACUUUCACGCAAACAAAACUCGACUUUCGACUUUACACUAAAGGUUAUACACGCUGUGUAUAACUGUCACGUAACUAUCUACGGGAAAACUUCAGAAGUAGAUAGUUGCCUCCAACGAUAACCUACGAUAGUUUAUUCACCACUGUUUUGGUGAGCAACAUCGUGCAAGAAUGGGGAAUCGAAUUGGUGGACAAAAGCAGAAGGCGAAUAAACCUACAAAGGAAGAGAAGAAGAAAGAGAAGGAAAUAAAAAAAGAGAAAGAGAAACAAUCGAAGAAAGAAAAGAAAGAGAAGAAGAGGAGACCGCAAGCUUCGGGACCGGACACGGAUUUCGAUGACUCGAGUCACGUGACCGGGGGGGAUUCCGAGUCUUGCGUCUUCCAUUCUGCGGAGAAUGUCUCCUCCCCGUACCUGGACGCCUGCACGAGGUCCGAGCUGGAACAGAGCACGACCUGGUCCAGCAUGUACGAGAGCUACACGUCCGCCCUCCAACACCCCAAGGUGCUCUCGUCCAAAGACUUCAAGGACGGGUUUUCUCUCGAGGCGUGUAUCCCGCCCGAGAUCGCCCGCCCCGAGACUUACGACGACGGCACGCUGUCCAACACGUCACGCUUUGAAGGCCGGAGCAGCGUCAACUCGAGAAAGAGCAACAACAGCGUGAAAAGCAACUCGGCCAAGCCUCGGUCUGGCCACGCCACGCCUACGUCAUACAGAUACAAACCGGCAGAUGACGUCGGUUCGGUGGGGACGUCAUCGCAAGCUAGCGCUGGGGGCGGGUAUCACACCCCUCUACUGUCCACGCCCAUAUUCAGUAGAGUUGACCGACCUCAUUCGCCUGCCUCUGGCGUGUCAUCCCCUUUAUCGCGAGUCCAGGAAUCGGAUCCCAACGACUCCAUGGACAUCGCCCCGCCCACCACCUUCCACCAUCCACAUUUUUACAACCAUCUCAAAACGAAAAUACAAAAACAACCUCCCGCCUCCCAGCCAGAUUUCCGACACCUUCCCAAACCCACCUCCCCGCAACCCCAGCGCCGGGCAUUGUCUCCUAAGAUGACGUCAUCGCCGUUUAAACGCAUCUCGUCGGAUGACUCAUCCUCGAGCCCUACCACCCCCACCCCCCAGCGGCGUGCCACUAAUCUCCUAGACUUACUCAGAUCAGGUAGCAAAGGUGAAAAAAGUAGCAAAAAUAAAAGUGAGAAUAAACAGGCAGCCGUGCCCUCCCCGCAGCUGGAGGGGAAACUUGGCUCUAAAACUCCCGAGAACGAAGCGAAGAUAAAGUCUAAGCCGAUGUGGAAAACUUGGGAGAGGUCGGCCGCGAAAAAAUCUGAAAAACAAAACAAAGUUUCAAUUUUUGGAACCACUCGCAAAACGGAUAAGAAAAAAUGCGAAAAUAUUUUAGGAAAUGUUACAUACACUUCAACGGAAGACAGGCAAGUUACACAAGAAGAAGUUUCGCAAAGUUUAAAUAAUGAUAAAAAUAAAUCAGUUUUGAGUCGUGUGUCUAAAGGUAACAGGACAAGUAGUAAGAGCUCGGAUUCAAAUUUAGAGUCCAGUUCCAGGGGGUAUAGUGGUAACGAGGAGGAGAAACAGAAUAGAAACAGCAGUCCGCCUGUCGCCAAGUCCGCGGCGUUCUGUAUCAUGAGACUCGAGGAGCUGGAGAGGUCGAUAGAGAAGACAAUCCGUGAAAAGUUUCCAGAUGCUGAGCCGUUUUUGCUACGUAAACGUUCAAAAGAUGACGAGCUCAAAGGAUCACGGUCGUUACCGUCCACGCCUUCGUUGAAGAAGAAGUUAUACGUAGUCAGGGAUGUUGAUGAUAUGAAAAGGAACAGUCAGAAGGACAGCGUUGAGUUUAACCUGAAUACGGUGAGCGAGAAGCUCAGCACGGCGAACGGCAACACCAGGGUGUGCGCGGAGACGUUCGAGUCGUCUCCCAGUCCAGCCAUGUCCCCGGUCGUGUUGCGUCGGUUCGGCGCCCGAACACGACACGCCAGUAUCUCUCCGAAAAUCCCCCGCGCCAAAACCGCGGCGCUGUACAACUCGCCCAGCGAGAUGACGCAGGCAGAGGAAUCCAUGGCAACAAAAACGGUGACCAAAGUCCCGGUGUACCACGCCCUGUCCACAACACAAGUCUCCACGCCGUCCUUGUCAACCCAAUUCAUGAAACCCUUAACGCCCUCGCAAAAAUCAACUUCGAAAUACGACAACGUCAUGGACGAAUCAGAACAAACGCCGCUUAACAAUGACAGCCCGAAACUUGUCAGGCAAUACGGUGUUGAAGAGAACGACAGCGAUGAAGUCGAGGAGAGGACUGGGUACGACAACUACCCAGAUAGCUGUCCGAACCCUGUGAUCGUCCCCACGUUUUCUGCCGUCUUCGGUUCUGUUUCUCCAAAGCUACGUCGACAUUUGCAGAGUAAGUUUGAUGAUAUCAACAAGCAAGGCAGAAAACCAACUGUACAGAAACUAAACAACAAUACCUCAUACACUAAACCUGGAACUGUUGAUGUAAAAACAAAACAGUUUACCGCUCAUAACACCAAUCAACAAGGCAAUAAUUUUACCAGCCCCAAAGGUGUUAAGAAAUUAGUACCUUCUUUCCCUGUUUCGCCGAAUUUAAAUUCUCAAAAAUAUGUUACAAAUGAAACAGGAUCUGUCAAUAAAGGCGGACUAAUACAAACAUCGCGUUGUAAGGAAACAACUGAAUCAGCUACGUCAUCCGCGCCACCUACAUCCACGGUCACGGUCACAGCUUCCGUUUCCGGGUCGCCAGUUUCGGUAUCAAUAAAAAACAAAAUGACCCCAUUAUCCAAAUCUCAUUCCGAGGGCUGGAAGAGCGGUACCACUCCGGCUUCAGGAGCCGUUAGCACUAAUAAUAGUUCGCACCUGUAUUCUGCAGGUAAAUUACACACCGAAGCAACACACCCGGUGCCAGAUCAAGGCGAAAUGGGGGCGACGUUGGAACAUCCUCGUCGUGUAGAAGAAGUAGAAAAAUCUGGCAUUCAUCGCAAGCAUUCCACAGAUCAUGUGAUUUUUGGCUCCGCCGUGGCCCUACCCUGCCGCGUGUACACCUCCGCCCCUCUCUCCCCUACCUCUCCUGGUCCCGAAAGGUCCAACAACGUUAAUAUUUCUGCCACUGCGCCUGCGCAAGAGACUCUGACGAGCCAGCACAAAAAUAUACGAUAUGUAAAAAAACAGAAAUCAGGCCUCGGCGGUGAUAAUAAAAGAGAUGAACAAUCAGUCGCGUAUUGUUCGGAAGCGGUUAUCAAACCGUGUGUUGUGUCUUCUGCUGCCGACACUCGGUUUGAUUUAAGUACUCAUUCUGUGCCCGGUUUAAACCAGUUACAUGGAAACGAUAAGCAACACAGCGGUGACGCUACGUAUGAAGGGGAAUUAACUGUAUCAAAGGAAAAUAUUGUGAGUGAUCCAUCUUGUAAACAAGAAAAAAUUCGUGAAAUUCCGGAAUGGGGUAAAAGUACAGCUCGAGAUGAAAACACAGUAGGAAAUAGAAAGGAGGAUAUUUAUGUGGAAGAUGUUUAUUCAAAACAGAAGAGUUCAUGGGAUGGACAUAUCGCUGGGAGGUACCAGUCUAAAAGGAAGCAGGAGGAGCAGAGUGUCGCAGUUUUAAGACAGCCGGUGUCUAAAGUGAUUUCAGAAAUGAUAAAUAUCAGUAAACAGGAACAGCUGAGACAGCAACAGCAGGACAAACAGCAGGGGAUACAGCAACCACAGGCUAACCCAGAGUACGGCGUGAAGCAUGUUCUGCAAGCGGUUGCUGUCGUUAGUUCGCCGACAUACGAACAGCCUUGCUUUACCCUCGAGGCGAAGACAGUUCGAGGCGAAGUCCUGCACGUCCCACCUGUAGUUCAACAAACGAAAGUCUUUGUCAGUAAAACUACAAUCGAGUCUCGUUGUCAAGAAAUACAAACGGAUUCCUACACAACAGCUGAUAAAAGCGUCGAUAGCAACGGGUUACACAGCGAACCUACAAAUCGACAAAGAGAAUCACAGCCUUUACCUCUUAUUCGAGAUUCCAUCGAGAGUAGGCAAAACGCUAAAGAUAAAUUAAACGAGAAACAAGAUGAGUAUUCUUCGGAUGAAAGUGAAUUUCUAAAAAUGGUGUUAGCUUCUAAGGACUUAGAACGGUCAAGAAACGUAAAAGAUAAAGAUGCUGAAGAACUUGGUGAACACGCGCCGCCUCCGCCAAGUCCUACAGCAGUACAACAGCUUUUAGAAGAGUUUUCCGAUGAAGAAGAAGACUCCGACGCUCAAGAGAGAAAAGAAAUUGAACUGGCUAUGAGGAAGGAAUCGGAAAUAAAACAGUUUACGGAUAAAAUUUACAAAAGGCUGUCCAAUUUGAUAGGCAGUCAAGAGGAAAUGGACGACGAUGUGUUUGUCGCGGACGUACGAGAGAAGAAAGAGACAAAGCAUGAGGGUGAUCUCGGGUCUAAAUAUGAGAAGAAGGAAGACUCGUUUUCAUCCGGGUCUGACGACGAGGCAACGCUUUUCACAGCUGACACGUCAGUAGUGUCAUCGUGUGACAAGCACUUGACAAAAGUCAUGACAAUUGAAACAUCGUCGUCGCUAACGACAACAACAUCAUCGGAUUCGGAAAUUUACGAGGAACCGAGUAAGAACGAGAGAAGAAACGAAGACAGCGCAACGGGUUUUCCGAAAAGAAAUGCCGAGCCGAAUGUUUUUAUAUUUCCGGAAAUGGAAAACGCUAUGUCGGUAAACGCAGACGACGCCAGACAACGCCGCAGCUCUCGUGAGUACCACAGCGACGAUGACGUGGCGACCGGGCGAGGUAUUCCAGACUACUACGACGACCGGCCUCUCUGGUCCAAACGUCAGAAACCGCCUGGUCAACUCUCGGCAGCCAUGAUGGCUAUUCGCCGACGCGAGAGAAGAGAAAGGUGGUUAAAGAAAAGAAGAAGAAAUAAAACGGACCUUCUAAGCACCGGAAGUAGCGAUAACUGUUCGGAAAUUUCUCGUGACAGAAGAAGCAACACGUACAUCAUUGAUUCAAACGCUUCUUUAGAUUACGACGAAGACGAGGAGUUUAUCGCACACGAAAGGAUGAUUUUAAAAGACGAGAUGGGGUCGGGAAUUCUUACCUCACCUAAAUACUCUAAACCCAUAUUACCUUUUUCCAUCAGCUCAUCGAACCAGAAGGAGGCCGAACCUUCUGAAAGAGAUCGCGUAUCGAUAAAAAUCGCCGCUGAGCGCCAGUUUUAUCGAGAUCAUCGAAGCAAAUCAAACUCCGACGAGAACAGACACCGUCGUAAAAAACGCACAAAAGACAGAAAAAAGAAAAGCAGCUACGACAACGAAGACGUCGACGUCGAUCACGACAUCAGCGACGAAAUUCUGAGCGACGAGUCGGAAAACGAGAUGGAAAAGACUGAGAUAGAUUACCACCCUGAGCGGUUUAGUUCGGGUUCGAAUCUUGUGAUACCAGGCAUUGAAGAAACUUUUAAUGAAUUAAUGUCUGUCAAGCAUAUACUAGAAGAACUGCAAGAACGCAAGCCGGUUCAGUCGAGCAAUGCUGAGUUUAUGCCGCUCACGCAAGAAAAUGUAAAGUCUGUUAGAGAAUACUACAAGGACUGUUAUUCUUCCGGAAACGGUCGAAGAUCCCGAAUGUCCGCGACGGAUAGGACAGAAUCGGAUCUCGAUAUUUAUUCAGAAACAAGAGACGACGAAAGCACGGAUAGCAAUUUCAACGCCGACGACGAAGAAGAUGACGACGGCCUUGAACCUUACGCCACGGCAGACGACGACCACGGUGCUACUGACGAAAGCAGAAGCGCCGGGGUCAGCAGCGAAGGUCGACGCCGACGCGACGAUCACCACGGCGACAACGACGACGACUCGGAAACCAACGUGGUCGUUAGCUGCACGUUCUAUAACUCUAACGCCUUCGCGGCAGCACCUGACGGCGCCCUACUCCCCGCCCCCGCCCCGGUGAACAAACCCAGUGUUAAAUCGACGCCCAACACCCUGACGCCCACCGCCCAGGCGUCCUUGCUCAACAGCGACGAGGAGUUCUGGGCGGGCAACGCGGCCGCCGAUGAAACCUUCAAGCAGAUUGAGACGGCGGCGGACUCUGUCAGCUCUACAUUCCAGAACGCCAGAGAACAGAUGCACGAUAUCCAGCACCACCUGCAGGCUCUCCGCCGGCAGAUGGAGACGAUGCAGGACGACCUGACCAGCACGUCUAUGACCUUGACCCCUGACACAUCGGCAGAAUCUCACGUUCUGCCGUAGGAAACCAACACGGCGCACAAAGCGAUGGAACACAGUUCACAGUUGUAAACCACGGCUUUAGACUUCGUAAUCUGGUGAAAGUCACUCCACUCUAGGACAUGUUCUCAUUUCCUUAUCUGCUUAUUCUUUAAUUAUUAUGACCUAAAUCAACUGUACAAUCACGCAUAUGUAUAAUUGCAAUUGUAGUGCAACUAAAUUUCUUUCUUAAUGUUUAGAGGAUCAUCCUUUCUCUUUAUAUGCAUAUAUAUAUAUAUAUAUAUAUAUAUAUAUAUAUAUAU